CAUGGAGAGCCCGUAAUGACUGAGGACAACGCGCGGGCGCCAGCAACAAAGAGCGGCUCUGUCUCUGGACGCGCGUGUUCCGAUCCACCGGCCUUGAGAUUGACGAGUCGCGUCACGAAGGCUGAAGUCUCCGCGCGUGCGCUGGCAGGUGACUGCGUGCGCGUGACCCUGCCCUCCCGUCACUCCGACUCUGCGCGUGCCGACAGGUCCAGUUACGUCAGAGAUAAAAACCCACCGAAACCUCCCUGCGCACCACUGCGGUGCAGUUUCGGACUCGGAGCCGUGGAGGACGGAGCGGGACUCAUCAUGGAUUUGUACUCUCCUAAGAACACGAGGAAACCCUGGAGGCUGUUCCACAGCAUCAAGUUGUUCGUGCUCUGUCAUGGCCUCCUCCAGUUCUCCCAGCUGCUGUACAGCGCUUACUUCAAGAGCACCAUCACCACCAUCGAGCGGCGCUAUGGUCUGAGCAGCUAUUCAUCAGGAACCAUUUCCUCUUUAAAUGAGGUCAGCAACAGUUUGCUGAUUGUGUUCCUCAGCUACUUCGGAAAUCGCGUGCACCGGCCCCGUGUCAUUGGAAUAGGUGGCAUGCUGAUGUCCAUCAGUGCUCUGAUCCUCACCGUACCUCACUUCCUGUCCCAACCUUACAGUUACGACUCAGUCUUGCACAAUCGCCAUGACAUUUGCAAUCUGCAGAUGAACUCCAGUGCCACAGAGUCGUGUGGCAACGAUGAGAGCAGACGCCUGGCAGACACCAACAACGUGUGGCUGUUCAUGGCCAUCGCUCAGCUGCUCUUUGGGGCAGGCUCUGUGCCCAUCCAGCCCUUUGGGAUUUCUUACAUUGAUGACUUUGCUGGUCCCACUAACUCCCCCCUUUACAUAGCCAUCUUGUUUGCUGUGUCUGUCUUUGGUCCCGCCGUGGGCUACCUGCUGGGCUCCUUCAUGCUGCGCAUCUACGUGGACGUAGACAGGAGUGGAUUAGAUGCCGUUCAAGAGCUAAGUCCUGGUGACCCACGCUGGGUUGGAGCCUGGUGGAUCGGGGUGCUCAUGGCCUUCGGCUUCCUUUUCCUCACCUCCAUCCCGUACUUUUUCUUCCCUCGUCGAAUGCGCUCGGAGAGUCAUGAGAAUAUACAUGAGAGUGACAUGGAGGACCUAAAGAAGCCAGAUGUGUCUUUAUUUGAAUUCCUAAAAAUGUUCCCCAGAAUGUUCGGCCACCUCCUGCUCAGCCCACUCUUUCUCACUCUGGUCCUGGCCCAGUGCUGCUUCUCCUCAGUCAUCGCAGGCCUCUCGACCUUUCUGAACAAGUUCCUGGAGCGACAGUACAGCGCUUCCCCAUCAGACAGCACCUUACUAGUGGGUGCGGUGAACCUGCCCUCUGUGGCGGUUGGGAUGUUGGUGGGUGGAGUCAUCAUGAAGAGGACAGGUCUCUCACUGAAGAACAUCCCACGCUUCUCUGUGGUCAUGCUGACCAUCUCCACCCUCCUCUGUGUUCCACUCUUCUUCAUGGGCUGCGCCACACAGGAUGUCUCUGAGGUCUAUCCCUCUAAAGGUGGACAGUACGGAUCCAUAUCAAAGUGCUACUCCAACUGCUCAUGUCUUGCCAGUGCCUUUAACCCCGUGUGUGGCUCAGAUGGUGUGGAAUACCUCUCUCCAUGUCAUGCAGGCUGCACCAACUUCACCCAAGACCCCAACAAUACCCCCAGAGUUCAGCUGUACACCAGCUGCAAAUGCUUGCUUGGAGGUCACAGUCAGGCCACUCCAUCUCCCUGCCCCAACAGGUGUCCUCAUCUUCUCACUCCGUUCAUACUGGUCAUGUCGCUGGCCUCCCUGGUGGCCUGCCUCACGCACAAUCCCAUGUACAUGAUGGUGCUAAGAAGCGUGUCAUCAGAAGAGAAGUCCUUUGCUAUUGGGAUUCAAUUUUUACUCAUGAGGGUUUUGGCCUGGCUUCCAGCUCCAGCCAUUUUUGGGGUGGCCAUUGAUUCGUCUUGCAUCUGGUGGAAGAGUGUGUGUGGCACUAAGUUUAGCUGUGGUUACUAUGACAACAACAUCUUUAGAAACAGGUAUCUGGGGUUACAAGUGGGUUAUAAAGUGAUGGGCAUCAUCCUGCUGGUGAUACUGGGCUGGAAGGUGCAGAGGACCCAGGAGUACAGUCUGGAGAAAAACCCUGAAGGACUCCUGUGACCCUGAGAAGACUUCGGCCUGAACCAAAUAUGCUUGUAUCCCAAAGCUUAGUUGCUCUCUGCUGAAUAACAAAGACAGUCUCACGCUGUCUGGACUUGGUGCUUCACUGGUUGGAGUUUUAAUGGGGUUUUUUUCCCAAGUAGGAACAUUUAAGAUGAAAUUGAAUGAUCUGGUUGUAUGAGCACAGAAAAAUUUAAUCAGUACCUCACAACUUUUGAACCAACAACAUGUAGAAAUCUGUUUGGGUUUGUGAAUGCACUGGAAGCACACUUUGUAACAAAUUGACUUAACAGCUUAAUAUUUAAGUUCGUCUUUGUAGUCUCUUACACUGAGACAGUGACUACGCUUUCUUGAGUCUGUUUAUUAUCACAUGUAACGCCUGAUGUUUUACAGCACUAAUACGUUUUUGAUUAGUCUGUUUCUCAUAUAUAGAAUUAACAACACAAUUGUGAUGUUCUUGAGUAUGUUUUUCAUGAAUUACAAGUGAUGUCUUUGCCAUUUUACUUUUUCUUCUUCUUGUAUGUGUAUUCAUGAAUAAAGUUAAAUGCAUUUUA